UGCAGCAGAUCGCAGCUGAAGGGGAUGCUCAGUGUGUGUGUGUGUAUAUAUAUAUGUGUGUGUCUGCAGUAGGACAGCAGCUUCUACACCGGCACUAACAACCACCCACCCAGCCAGCACUGACCCCCUCCUGUGUGUCCUGCUCCUUUGGGCUCUAGGAGAAUUGACUUGGAGUUUCUGCCCCUGUCCUGCGUCAUUGCUCGCGUCACCGCUCCUUGGCCAGCUAUUGGCAUGGCGAUGGGAGGGAGAAGCCUGCACUUAUUAUUAGCACAGGAGACAGUGUGUAAAAAAGCCAAUAACGAAGACUGAAUCCCUCCGGCGGCCAGUGCACAGCCAUCUCUCCAUCUCUUGUUUGUGUCUGUCGGGCAGCAGCUGAAAGCCCUGAAUCCCUCCCAGAAGCUGCAGCUGGGACUGGGAAGCAGCACCCUUGUAUGAGCCGGACCUCCUGGGGUCCCGUCAUCAAUAAACCUGAGACGCUACCAGUGAAUGAGCCCUGUUGUCUAUCUUGUGCUUACUCGCCGGAGCUGAGCUAUGGUGUGUAUCACUUAGCGCAUUUGGAUUAUGACUCUACCGACGCUUCGUCGUUGACUUCCACCGAUUCCCCCGGACCUAUUGCUUUUCUGGAUCAAACGCCUGGUGUUUAGGAGGAUCCCCUCUCCAUUCUAGGGGGGUCCACUGGAUCUGACAACCACCAUGCGCCUCUGGAAAGGACCUGAUUUAGCUCAGGUGUGCGGCGCUCUAUGGAUCCUAAUGGCCUUGGUUUGGAGGGGCCUGGCUUGCCCCCAGUACUGCAGCUGUAACUCCACCAGGAUUUGGUGCAAUUUAGUGGACAAGGGGAUAGUUGCUUUCCCGGUGCUGGAGGACAGCUCACUGGCGGAGAACAUCACUGAUAUUUAUAUUGCAAACCAGCGAUCAUUGGCAAGUAUUAAUGAUGAUGACAUAAAGAUUUACACUGGACUGAGAAAUCUAACUGUUGUGGACUCAGGUUUACAGAUUGUAUCACGGCAAGCAUUCCGAAAGAACCUUAAACUUACAUACAUAAACUUCUCUAGAAAUAAGUUAACAUCUUUGACCAAGAAGAUUUUUCGCAAUCUGACCUUAUCUCAGCUACUUCUUGGUGGCAAUCCAUUCCAGUGCUCGUGUGAUUUAAUGUGGGUUAAAGUAUUACUGGAGACUAAUUCCCUGAACAUGGAGAACCAAAACAUAUACUGCUUCAAUGACAACAAAAAGAAGAUUCCUCUCUUCAAUAUGCACAUCCCCAACUGUGGGUUGCCUAUAGUAAAUGUGAGUACAGUAAAUAUCACAGUUCUUGAAGGUAAUGAGACAACCAUGUACUGUGAUGCCAAUGGACUCCCAGACCCAAAUAUCUCUUGGGACAUCUCACAGAUCCUUUCAAAAAGCUUGGUAGAAACUGCAAAGCACCCAGCCUUGCUUACUCUGAAAAAUAUAACAUCGCUGGACAACAAAAGAGUCAUUUUAUGUGUGGCAGAAAACAGCGUGGGUGAAGAUCAAGUCUCUGUGGAACUCAAUGUACACUUUCCCCCAGUGAUCACUUUUAUUGACUUGCCAACCCUGGACCAUCAUUGGUGCAUACCUUUCAGUGUGAGGGGCAAUCCGAAGCCUACACUGCAGUGGUUCCACGAAGGGAAUGUUCUUAGCGAGACGGAUUUCAUUUGGAGCAAGAUUCAUGAAACAAGUAACAAUACAAUUGAGCACCAUGGCUGUUUGCAACUGGAUAGCCCAACACAUUUGAACAAUGGAUUUUAUACAUUAAGGGCUGAGAACAAAUAUGGACGGGAUGAAAGAUCCAUAAGUGCUCUUUUCAUGAAAGGUCCAGAUGAUGGUAAUCCGAUUACUGACCCCGGAUUUUAUGAUUAUGAAACCACUUCAAAUGAUAUUGGGGGAACUAGUACAGAUAUUGGAACCGGAGUCACUUCCACAGAUGUUUCCAAUGGAGGAAAUGAAGAUAGUAUCACUGUUUACGUUGUAGUGGGCAUCGCAGCAUUAGUUUGUACCGGCCUGGUAAUAAUGCUGAUCAUCCUAAAAUUUGGAAGACACUCCAAGUUUGGUCUGAAGGGUCCGUCUUCGGUGAUAAGCAAUGAUGACGAUUCAGCCAGUCCCCUCCAUCACAUUUCCAAUGGGAGCAAUACCCCGUCUUCAUCAGAAGGUGGUCCUGAUACAGUAAUCAUUGGCAUGACUAAAAUCCCUGUCAUUGAAAACCCACAGUACUUUGGAAUAACAAACAGCCAUCUUAAGGACACCUUUGUCCAGCACAUAAAGAGACACAACAUAGUGCUGAAGAGAGAGCUGGGAGAAGGAGCCUUUGGCAAAGUUUUUCUUGCAGAGUGCUACAACCUCUACCUCGAGCAAGACAAAAUACUGGUUGCAGUAAAGACAUUAAAAGAUGCCAGUGACAAUGCCCGAAAAGACUUUCAUCGGGAAGCAGAGUUACUCACGAAUUUGCAACAUGAGAAUAUUGUAAAGUUUUAUGGUGUUUGUGUGGAAGGUGACCCACUCAUCAUGGUCUUUGAAUAUAUGAAGCAUGGGGAUCUUAACAAAUUCCUUAGGGCCCAUGGACCAGACGCAGUCCUCAUGGCAGAAGGAAACCUUCUUGCAGAACUAACUCAGUCCCAGAUGAUUCAUAUAUCGCAACAGAUUGCUGCAGGAAUGGUGUACCUUGCUUCCCAACACUUUGUACAUCGAGACCUCGCAACGCGGAAUUGUCUGGUUGGAGAAAACCUCUUGGUGAAGAUUGGAGAUUUUGGCAUGUCGAGAGAUGUGUACAGCACCGAUUACUACAGGGUUGGUGGUCACACAAUGCUGCCAAUCCGCUGGAUGCCCCCUGAGAGUAUCAUGUACAGGAGAUUCACAACAGAAAGCGAUGUUUGGAGUUUGGGAGUUGUAUUAUGGGAAAUUUUCACUUAUGGAAAACAGCCUUGGUAUCAGCUUUCAAACAAUGAGGUAAUAGAGUGCAUAACCCAAGGGAGAGUUCUCCAGCGUCCUCGCACGUGCCCAAAGGAAAUCUAUGACCUCAUGCUGGGUUGCUGGCAAAGGGAGCCCCAUAUGAGGCUUAAUAUCAAGGAAAUACACAGCCUCCUUCAGAACUUGUCAAAAGCAUCUCCUGUAUACCUUGAUAUCCUUGGCUAAGAGAUCAACAUGUUAGUUGUUCAUGCUUGAUAAAUGAAUGUGGUGAACUACUGCAGAACUCCAUGAAAUGUGUUAUAACCUCUGACAGUAUUAUUGACAAAGAUUCUGAGAAGCUAUCAAAGGGCAAUCUACAUAAACUACUCCAUCUCUACAAUGCACAGUAUUGACUAUUUGCCAUGACUCUCUUGUAUCUUUUUUCUCCCAAGCUUAUGUCUUCUUUAGCAUUGUUCCUACUCUCCUUCCGUUUUUCUUUGGUUUUUCUCUUAUAUUACCUACCACUGUAAACUUCUGCCCUUAUGUAAUGCAGAAUAAUUAGACAAAGGCCUUAAAACCUUUUCUGUUAAUCAGCAGGCAAGCAUGUCUGUUUACCACAUCUAACAAUGCCUUGUAUUUACUGCCUUCGAUGUGGAUAAAAAAGGGAAAAAAAGUGACACAAACUUUACCAGUGAUGUACAUUGUGUAUAUUUAGAGUUUCCAUUGACUCUUAGUAACCUCUGCGUUUGGUUUUUGUGCACUUAUGGCAAUUGAUGGACAAGAUGUGUACUUGGUUGCAGGAAAAAUAGAAACCAGAAGCGAUUCUCCUUUAGUGAGAGGAUAUGUCCAUGGAGUCACAUUUAACAGCCUACCUACAAUAACCUGAAGAAACACAUUCAAUGCAUUUUACUCAGAAAACUAGAAGCCUCCCUUAUUUGUGCUUGGCUAUUCCUUUAUCAUCAUGUAACACAGUACAUGGUAAAAAGAUAUAUGUUGCCUGUUUGCCAUGCCUUGUCAUAUGUAUGAUCACCUCUUUCCUCCAUGCAGUAAAACUAGUACUAUAAUAAUGCAUUAAACAAAACGAUUUAUUUUAA